AGAAAACAACCAAAUAAAUAAAUCAGAUUAUUAAUUAAAAAUAAAAAAUAUGAAAAUAAUUAAUUUUCUAUUUUAAAGAAAUUGAAUAUUAACUUAUGGAUAAGAUCCUCUUAACUAUAAAACAGAAUGGAGAAUUCUCGCAAAUUAGGACUAAAACUAAAGAAUUCCAAAGACAAUGGCGUGGAGGUGGGCUGCUGGCCAACAACGAGCUUUUCGGUGUUGACGGUUCUCCUGAGACUUAUGACAGCAACCACGGCGACGCCGAUGGUCAUAACGAUUCCAAAUCUCGGGACCAUCUUCUUCUCUACCUUGGAUUGGACCUUUUGGCAUCAAUGGUGGUGGACUUGGCGCUGAGCAACUUUUCAUUGGUUCCCCACAAAGCAAAGGAUUACCUUGGUAACAACCUUCAUCAAAUGUUGCAAAUUGUUUAACCCUUGCCGGUAUCUUGCCUGAUAAGUUGUUGUAUGACACACUAAAAAUAGACAAGAAAUAUAACUCAACAAGCUGUGGGGGAAUUUCCCCACUCAAAUUGUUGUAGGAAAGAUCCAAGCUCUCAAUUUGCACAAGGUUAGAAAAUGUAGAUGGAAUUUGACCAAUCAAGUUAUUAUGCGAUA